CCGCCUCCCGCCCCGGGGCGGUGCUAGCCGCUCACCGCAAGAAGAAAAGCCACCGGUUCGUCCCCCUUCCCUACCUCCCAUCCUUUGCCCAGGAGCUGCCUUCAUUGCAGUCACGCCCCUUCCUUCCUAGGAGCUUUCUGGCUGCCUAAACUGGUAGACCCCCGAAUUGCUCUUCCAUCUCUGCUCUCUUUCGCCUCCUCGUCUCUUAGUUCUCCCUGCCUCCUCCCCGCUACCACCACCUCCAGUCUGUUUCGCCUCCGACCAUCCGCUGCUCCACCCUCCGGCCCGGUAUCCUGCCUGUCCACUGCCACCAAGGAAAACCGGGACUGAGCAGCGAGGAGGGGAGCAACCGGGAAUUGGGGCUUCCCCCACUGCCCAUCCCUGGCCGCCGGCCGGGACGGAAGCCACUUCAGCGAGCAGAAAGUCGUCGUCACCUUGUCUUCGUUGCCUUCAGGGAGCUGCUGAGGACAAAUAAGAUAACAGAAGUGAAAGAACUUUUGUCUUCUUAGAAGGAAGGCUGAGAAACAAAAGGGUGACCAGUGAUUGAACUCUUGGCGGCGCUUACCCUCAACCUGAGUGUUAGGGGAGAGGGAAUCUGCCGGUGCGGUUUCUGGAGCUGCUCAUAAGCAAGAAUUCCCUAUCCUGAUUAAGGCUUUAAGCCUAAAAGAAAGCAGAAAUAGGUCAAGGGCAGCCCAGGUGCCCAAUUUCUCUCUCUCUUCACAAGGCACCACCAGCAAUAGAGAUGAGAAAUUCUGAAGACCAGCCAAGUGGAGGAACCACAGUAUUGCAGCGUCUGCUACAAGAGCAGCUUCGCUAUGGCAAUCCUAGUGAGAAUCGCAACCUGCUUGCCAUACACCAGCAAGCCACAGGGAAUGGCCCUCCCUUUCCCAGUAACAGUGGGAACCCAGGCCCUCAGAAUGAUGUGCUGAGCCCUCAAGACCACCACCAACAGCUUGUGGCUCACGCUGCUCGACAAGAACCACAGGGCCAGGAGAUCCAGUCAGAAAAUAUCAUUAUGGAGAAGCAGCUGUCCCCACGAAUGCAGAAUAAUGAAGAACUCCCAACCUAUGAGGAAGCCAAGGUCCAGUCCCAGUACUUUCGUGGCCAACAGCAUGCCAGUGUUGGAGCUGCCUUCUAUGUCACCGGAGUCACCAACCAGAAGAUGAGGACCGAGGGACGCCCAUCGGUUCAGCGACUCAAUCCUGGGAAGAUGCACCAGGAUGAAGGACUCAGAGACCUUAAGCAAGGGCAUGUCCGUUCCUUGAGUGAACGACUAAUGCAGAUGUCACUGGCCACCAGUGGAGUUAAGGCCCAUCCACCUGUUACCAGCACUCCCCUUUCCCCUCCACAACCCAAUGACAUCUACAAGAACCCCACAAGUUCCAGUGAAUUCUACAAGGCCCAAGGGCCACCUCCUAACCAGCAUAGCCUGAAGGGCAUGGAUCACCGAGGCCCCCCACCAGAGUAUCCCUUCAAAGGCAUGCCACCCCAGUCUGUAGUGUGCAAGCCCCAAGAGCCAGGGCACUUCUAUAGUGAGCAUCGCCUGAACCAGCCAGGGAGGACAGAGGGGCAACUGAUGAGGUAUCAGCACCCCCCUGAGUAUGGAGCAGCCAGGCCAACACAGGACAUCUCACUGCCAUUGUCAUCCAGAAGCUCUCAACCUCACAGCCCUACUUCUUCCCUGACGUCUGGGGGUUCCUUAUCCUUGCUGCAAUCUCCACCAUCCACGAGAUUGUCUCCUGCUCAACACCCAUUGGUUCCAAACCAAGGAGACCAUUCAGCUCACCUGCCUAGGUCGCAACAGCACUUCCUCCCUACUCAGACUCACCAGGGGGAUCAUUACCGUCUCUCCCAACCUAGCCUAAGCCAGCAGCAGCAGCAGCCACAGCAGCAACCAGGAGAAGCCUAUUCAGUUAUGCCUCGGGCUCAGCAAUCUGCUUCUUACCAGCCAAUGCCAGCAGACCCUUUUGCCAUCGUGUCCAGAGCCCAGCAGAUGGUUGAGAUCCUCUCAGAUGAGAACCGGAACUUGCGGCAGGAAUUGGAAGGGUGCUAUGAGAAGGUGGCAAGACUGCAAAAGGUGGAGACAGAAAUCCAGCGUGUCUCGGAGGCAUAUGAGAACCUGGUGAAGUCAUCCUCCAAGAGAGAGGCCCUGGAGAAAGCCAUGAGAAACAAGCUGGAGGGGGAGAUUCGAAGGAUGCACGACUUCAACAGAGAUCUGAGAGAGCGCCUAGAGACUGCCAAUAAGCAGCUUGCAGAGAAAGAGUACGAGGGCUCAGAGGACACCAGAAAAACCAUCUCUCAUCUCUUCGCAAAAAAUAAAGAAAGCCAGCGGGAAAAGGAGAAGCUGGAAGCAGAGCUGGCCACCGCCCGUUCUACCAACGAGGACCAAAGGCGACACAUCGAAAUCCGAGACCAGGCUCUGAGCAAUGCCCAGGCCAAGGUGGUGAAGCUGGAAGAAGAGCUGAAAAAGAAGCAGGUGUACGUGGAUAAGGUGGAGAAGAUGCAGCAGGCCCUUGUGCAGCUCCAGGCGGCGUGUGAAAAACGAGAGCAGCUGGAGCACCGACUCCGGACACGCCUGGAGAGGGAACUGGAAUCGCUCAGAAUCCAGCAGCGUCAGGGCAACUCGCAGCCCACCAAUGUUUCAGAAUACAAUGCUGCAGCACUGAUGGAGCUGCUUCGGGAGAAGGAAGAGAGGAUCUUGGCCCUGGAAGCUGAUAUGACAAAGUGGGAGCAGAAGUAUCUGGAGGAGAAUGUGAUGAGACAUUUUGCUCUGGAUGCUGCUGCCACCGUGGCUGCUCAGAGGGACACAACAGUCAUCAGCCACUCUCCUAACACCAGUUAUGACACAGCUCUAGAAGCUCGCAUCCAGAAGGAGGAGGAAGAAAUCCUGAUGGCCAACAAGCGUUGCCUUGACAUGGAGGGCAGGAUUAAGACCCUCCAUGCCCAGAUUAUUGAGAAGGAUGCCAUGAUCAAAGUACUCCAGCAGCGUUCCCGGAAGGAGCCAAGUAAGACAGAGCAGCUGUCAUCCAUGCGGCCAGCAAAGUCUCUGAUGUCCAUUUCCAAUGCUGGAUCAGGCUUGCUUUCCCACUCGUCCACCCUGACUGGCACCCCCAUCAUGGAAGAGAAGCGAGAUGACAAGAGUUGGAAGGGGAGCCUAGGGAUUCUCCUGAGUGGAGAUUAUCGUGCUGAUUAUGUCCCAUCUACUCCCUCGCCUGUGCCCCCCUCAACUCCUCUGCUCUCCUCUCACUCCAAGACGGGCAGCCGAGACUGCAGCACCCAAACUGAACGUGGAACGGAACCGAAUAAAGCUGCAGCUGUCGCUCCCAUCUCUGUUCCUACUCCAGUUGCUGCUGCCGCCACUGCUGUCGCCAUCACUGCCACUGCUGCCACCAAUACUGCCACCGCUGCCACCAACACCACCACCAUGGUAGCUGCUGCUCCAGUUGCUGUUGCUGCUCCGGCUGCUGCCGCUGCUGCUGCUACGGCUGCAGCUGCUGCUGCCCCAUCUCCAGCAACUGCCGCUAUCGCUGCUGCUGUUUCUCCAGCUGCUGCUGCGCCAUUUCCAGCUGCUGCCGCUGCUGCCUCUGCUGCUGCUCCUGCUCCUGCUGCUGCCAUUCAGGUUGCUCCAGCUGCUCCGGCUCCGGUUCCAGCUCCAGCUCCGGUUCCGGUUCCGGCUCCAGCAGCAGCUCAGGCUUCUGCUCCGGCUCCGGCUCAGGCAUCGACUCCAGCUCCGGCUGCGGCUCCUACUCCGGCUCCACCUCCAACUCCAGUUUUGGCUCAGGCUGAGGCUUCUGCAAGUCCAGCUACCGGUUCUGGACCGCGUCGUUUGUCUACACCGAGUUUGACCUGCAAUCCGGACAAGACAGAUGGCCCUGUUUUCCACUCCAAUACUCUGGAAAGAAAAGCCCCCAUUCAGAUCCUGGGACAAGAGCCUGACGCAGAGAUGGUGGAAUAUCUCAUCUAAAUGGCCAGAUCAAGAGCUGCAGUUUAUCAGCAAGAAUGCUUUUAAUCAUUUUCCCCUUUUGUUUGUUCUUCUGUUGAGGGUGAGGACGAGGGUCGGGGGGAGGGGAUGUUUUCUAAAGGGACUUUCUAUUGGCAGGAUAGACUGCUUAAGUAAUACCAUAAACUCCAGUCUAUUCUGAUAUACUUAGGGAGUGCCUGUAUAGACAGAUUCAGCAGAAUGUGCUCUAAAGUAUAUUGUUUGGAUUUAUGCAAAUACUGGGACUGUUAACAGGUGGUUAUACACAGAUGUGUUCGAUGGGCUUAAAUUUGUUUAAAAUUUCCAUAUUCCAGAUCAUUUCUUUUUCUCGAAGAGCACGGUAUGUGUGGAAGACAGUGUGCAACAUGUAGUUUGGAAGUGGGAAGCUGGAGAGAAUUUUGAGCGUGCGCUGUUUUGUAUAGUUACUAUCCAGACAGCAGCCAGAGAAAGGUCUCGCCUCAGGCUCACAAAAGGGAAUAGUUUUAGGAACUCUGCAAGCUGGAGCAACGGUAGGGAGUUUGGGGGUGCAGGAAGGUUGCUGGAGCUAAUUUUUCCUCCCAGUUUCCCAGCUACCUUGCCCCAGGGGAUUGUGUUUGUCUUCAUUUCAGUGGUGCUUUGGAAGUGGAUUCUUUUAGUUCCCUCCUGGAGGUUCAUUCAUAUAUAUGCUCUGGAGUAAUUUAUGCAUUGGGAUAAUUAAUAUAUUGCUUUCAGUUGCUAGGAGAGUAUUAACGAAUGAUGCACAGCUUCCUCUCUCUUAGGGAGUUAGUCCAUCAGAGAGGCCUUGAUGGAGAAUUGCAUGAGGCGCUGUACGCAGACUUUUGUAGUCUGCCAUGUAGCCAUGAACACAGCUCACUUGCCUUUUCUAAGACCAGUUGGCUUCGUGCUUAUUUUUCCUACAGCACAGAUUCACUGGCUGGGUCACUGGUUUCAAGUUGCCAGCCAUUUGCAAAACGAGAACACAUCUUUGUUGACAGGUUGAAUGCUUUGAAUUUCUUGUGACUACCUUGAAAUAACUCACUUGGUUUUCCCAUAUUCUUAGCAUAUGUCUUAAAGGGCAUUUUUGAUCAUCACCUCCAAGGGACUAGCAUCGGAAGCCCAAAGUGUACUAUGCUGCAGUCAGGGUUGAGGGAGAGGCUGAUUGCAGCAGUAUCCUCAACUACCUCUUCUCACUGCCAGUGUCUCCAUCUUGGAAUACCUUUGGGAAGCAGCAGGAAAUGUGCAUGUAGGUGGGGACCAAAGGAGACAAUGAUUCCAAGCCUUACCAUUGGGCUUUCUCCAUGGACACAGAGAGAUGCCAGUUGCCACAGGUCCCUGCUCUGUGUCACCUCUCUGCCCUUCACUAAGAUGACAAAUCUAGAGAUAGCAUCAUUGAGAUAAGUUUUCAGGGGUAAAGGGAGGGUGGGGUGGUGUUAGAUAAGGGUGGGGGGGUUGAAGCUUGGGGCUGUGUUAGUUAGAAACCAGAUUAAUAGAAGAGUAGGCCUGAUAUAUUCCAUCUUGAGCCAUAGUGACAGGAAGGGACUUGGCAGUAUAGCCCUCCCCCCUCAUUUUAGUGUUGAAGAAUCUGAGACUUGGAGAGGUUCAGUGACUUUUUCAAGGACACACAGCAUAGUUGUCCACUCUGCCAAUUACCAUGCUUAUUUUGGGAAACUCUUAUUUUUAGAAAAGCCCAUUUUAUGAAAAGGCACUUUUGUGGUCCAGGGCAUGUGUAUGUUGUAAAAGGUCCCUGCCUUGAGUAGUUUGUCCAGGGUUCUGAAACCACUGUCUUGCCUCUCCUGCAGUGCCUUGUGCAAGGUUUUCCUUUGUCUGCAUUUCAACAUUGAGUCACAUUCAAUGUCCCCCACCCAAGUAAAUCGACCCCACUUCUUUUCUCACAAUGAGUGUGUGUCUCAGAUCAUCUCAUGAGAUUCCUCUGUGGGUAUCGAAGUGGUGUCUUUCCUGAUAUCUUCCAAAGGAAUUACCUUGUGUGUGUGUUUAGGAGGGGAAGAUAAGCCAGAGGGUGGUAUAAUUUUCAGUCAGUCUUUUCACAUUUUCAAUAAUGACAUGAUCAUCCCACGUACGCUGUAGUCCUCAGUAUAAAGUUAUUCCCAAAUAGAAAUUAAAAGUGUAGUUGUGUUAUAAUAAUUCAUUCAGUAUGAUCCUUUAGUCAUAAGGAGAAAGAAAAACAAAAAACAAAAACUCAAGUAGUAGAAGCAACAAGUGGCAAACUUCAGAAGAGCCUCUUUCUAUCAACUAAUAAGGAAAAAUAAAAACAAACUUUUCAUCUGCCCCUUUCAUGGUUAUAACUCAUUGCCAGAAUGUUUGCCAGCUUUGGGAGCCAUGAUUUCAAUCACAUUCUGUAAGGUGACAAUUGUCAUACAUUCCACAUUGUGUGGCAGCCAUCUCUUUAGACCAUGUGUUUUGGGAAAAGGAGGAAGUUCUUGCCUAAGUACUACUUUGAACUUUCUAGAACAUCUCUGUCCUCUCACACCAGAACCAGGUAAUUUGCAAGAAUAACAUUGCACAUCUAAGAGAGGGAAGAAUACCGUAUCGGUGGAGUAGAAAGGUGCAGCCUUUUCAGAAAAUCUCUACUAGUUUUCAUUUUAAAAAUCCAGCUUUAUGGUAGAAAUCGCUAGUUGGCCACCUUUUUUCACGUGUGUAGAUGUACUAUUUGAGGAUCUUUCUGGACUCCUACCUAUCUAUCUAUGCAGGACAAGAAGGUGACAUUGUUGUCUUAACUUGUAUUGCUUGGUAGUCUCUGAGGACCUUCUAAUUCAUCUGUACCCCGGUGUCCAAUGUAAAGAAAAACUUCAUUAGAACAAACUUUACUUGAUAUAAAAUUCCUAUUAAUGAUUUUUUAAAAUAAAGGUAGUUGAGCUUUCUUUUAAAAUUACGUAUCUUGAUUGUUGAUUUAAUGAAGGAUUUACUUUCAAUGCUGCUUUUGAGCUUCAGGGUGACAGGAUAGCAGGAACCUGAACUAUCUGCCAUCUUCUGCCAUAGGAAACAUACCGGGAGACCCAUCAUGUUCCCUUUCUGUUGUUACCGGGUGGGUGGGUAUAAAGACUGGAAAAUAAACAAACUGAUUGUGCAAACUACUUUGUAUGAAAAGCCUAAACACUCAUAAUGUGGCAGCUUAAAGUGUAUGCAUAUGCACUAACUGUGAUCAAUUAUAUUCUCAUGUCUGUUAGCCAUAUUGUUAUCUCAAUUACUCAUUCACAUAUGGAAAAUGUUACUUAAAAUAUGUGCAUUCUUACUGAAAAUGUUGGGAAAGGAAGGCAUCAGCUGUGGGCUAAUUGCCACCCAUUUCAGCCGGCCACAAUCCUUGGAAAUAUAUCUUCCAAGUGCCAUCUAUCAUCGGUAGGACAAGUGUCGGGAGUUUGUUUAUUUUUUUCCGGUAGCAACGAUGGGUUACAUGUAGCCAUCAAAACCUCCUUCUGGCCUCCCUUGUGAUUAAUGGCAUGUGUUUGUAAAAUGGAAAGCUGGGGUGGGCAGAUGGCUAGAGAAGAAUCGCCUUUGGUUUAAAAUGUAUGUGGUGCCAUAAUGAUUGUGACUCCAUUCUGUAAUCAACUGAGCUAGUUUCAAUAAAAUUAAGCAGGUUUAAAUCCACUUUGUGCCUAUCUUUUCACUGAAAAUAAAGUUAGCUAUUUUAAAAUGCA